UUACAUUAUAACACUACGAAAUAUAUACUAUCAUUACUCUCACACUGCGGUAAUCGUCAUUGAACCCACCCUCCAACAGUUGCCAUGUUGGGGAGCUGGCUGGCUCAUUGGGCGUCUCAGGAUUUUUCCAUUUUUUUCUUGUGAAAUCGUCAAAAAGGGAAAGGUGUAUCAGAAUUUCACAAAAUGACUAAAAUUGUUAUCUUAUUUGCGUUUCUGCCGCACCUACUAUUUACCAUGGUACAUGGAACAACUUCGUGUUCUGAAUACUUCACACAUGUAAUCGACCCUGAGACAAACAAGAUAUUUGGACGGAUCGAAGUCUUUUCACCUCCAGGAAGUGACGAAAUUUAUUUACAAGUAGCCUUAAACGCUACCGCUGAUUCUCUGAAUGGAUUAUUUGAAUUAGAAUUGGCACGACCGAUAAAAGAAACCAUUCAAGCUGUUCAAAAAGGUAGACCUUUGGUGUAUCAUAUUAAUUUUCCUUCGGGCGCAAAAUUUCCAACUUUAUCUGUGAUAUGGUUCAACAAUCGGAAAUAUUGUCUCGGCCCCGGAGCGUCAAGUGGAAAUAUCGUAGCCAAUAUCGAAUUGGGGCAUAUUAUAUACCCUCCGAACGAAGAACCACUGUCUCAGGAUUUUCAGCCGUGGCAUCGAAAUUCGAGUGACUACCGCAUAGACAAUCCGCACUACAAUAGCAACUCCGAAUGCGGUGUUACCGGUUACUACAACGAUAGAACAAAUAGACUAAUCCCCGAUGGUGAGACUUCAUUACCAGGCCAGUGGCCAUGGGUGGUUGCAGUCUACCUUAAUACAAAAGAAGGGUUUCUGAGAACAUACAAGUUUCAAUGCGGUGGUUCUCUUUUGUCAAACAGACAUGUAUUAACAGCGGGGUACUGUAUGAAAUUAAACAUGCUGUUCACUAACGAAACAGUACCUGUCGACAUGUUGGAAGUGGUUCCGGGGCGAUUUAACUUGGACCCAUUGCGCGGAGAUCGAUCUGUCAAUCGGAAAGUCGCGAGCUACGUGAUUCACCCCGAUUAUGUUCACUAUCUCAAAGCUACUUCCGAUCUCGCGAUUUUGACUCUCCAGAACGUCGUCGAGUUCAAUCCUUUCAUCAGGCCUAUUUGUCUAUGGUCCGGCUCAACCAACCUUGAAGACGUCAUUAGUAGGACGGGAUAUGUCGUAGGAUGGGGUAGAGACAAGCUUAAUCGUCGUGACGUCGACGAUCAACGGAUGGUGAGGGCGACGAUAGUGAGUCAAGAGACCUGUCUCUGGACGGAUGCUAGAUACAUUCGUGUAAUCUCGCAUGACACCUUUUGCGCUGGUUCGCAAGAAGGACUAGGUCCUUGUAAUGGUGACGGUGGGAGCGGGUUGAUACUUCUAAACAAUAGUACGAACAGUUAUGAGUUGCGUGGCGUUGUUUCGCGAUCUUUAAUCAUUGGAAGUGGGCUCUGCGAUCUACAUAAGUACAUCGUUUAUGUUGAUGUGGCAAAAUACAUACCCUGGCUUCAACAACAAAUGUCGAUGUAACGUUCAUCUUGCGUUGCAAAAUGCCAUACAUGUUAAUCGAUAAGUUUCCUCGUGUAAAGUUUAUUCGAAAACUUUGUACUUAUGUACAGUUACGCGUGAGAAUUAUACAGAUAUGAAUUCUGUUUAUGGUUAUUCACACAUCUUGUAAUGUGUCUCCAAUCUGGAUACGAAACAGAAUGAAUAAGCUGCUACACAUAUAAAUAUCUGUCAUAUUGGACUUCUUAAUAAUGAAGAACAUUAAUUACACCACAUGUCACAAUAUGUUAAUCGAUACACACAUUCAAUACUUUUUAAAAAUCGAGAAAAUAUUUUAAUUUACGCGUAUUAAUAAAUUGUAUCCUUUUUUUAGACAUCCGAAUCCUUAUUUUCUUAAGUUUUGUUGUUCGUACACUAGGCAUCAUCCCUGCCUUCCCAGAUAAAUUUAGGCACAUAAAACAUGCGUACAUUUCAAGCAGAUUUACUUGUGUUUUUUUGAUUACAUCAACUAGAAUUACAUUAAGUAAAAACAUAUGUAUAAUGUUUUUUGUGGUAUUUUGAAGAAUUGUUCAAAUGGCGGAAGAAAACACUUCAACCGAGAAUAAGAUGAAUAGAACAAUAAAAGUAUAUUUAAUAAUAA